CCCCCCCCCCACGACUCAUAAUGGCACAUCUGGACAUGCCCAGCUGAAAAGGACACAUAAGUCAUGCCCCCCGCCGGAACGUUUCUGCGUGGCACAUAAGGAACGUGGACGCGAGGAUGGGCCAAGACACGAUAGAUCCCGCGCGGAACCGGGAUCCUUCAUUCCCCGACGGGACCGCGCCCUCUUCCGCUUGGCUGCGGCAGGGCCCUUGUCACCACUUCCCGGGAUGCGAUGCUAUAUCCCUGUCGGGGCCUUGGCUCUUCGAUCGCGGGAAAGAAAAGCAUGACGGCCUUUCUUCCGCGCGGAUUUCCGUGAUCCAGAAGCUCUCCCUGGUUUCCCGAAUGUUCCCCCCGCCAACUCCUGAGGGGUCCGGUUCAGCGAGAAACGAUUCGAUUCCUAGGACGCAAAGCUUUGCGCCUGUUCUUCCUUCACCCCCUGGGUCCAGAGCCGUCUUCUAUCUACACGUAUACCAAGGCUCAUCUCUUGUCUGCCACGUGUCUGUCGUUCGACAUAAUACCGGCUGGCCAUGCAUUCAACGGCCCUCACGCCUCCCUCACCCGAGGUGUUUCGACUCACUCGCCGCCGGCAUCUUGCCGCGGGGGGAGCCGGUUCGUCGCAGAGUCUUUUCGAGAGCACCUUGCAUGAUCGAACGCCGUGACGGGUUAAUAGGUCUGCCCACCCAUCCUAGGUCAGAGGUGUGUGGGAGCAUGUC